CGCUGCUACCUUCUUCUUCCCCAGAGGAUCCAUUUGUUCUCUGCUACGAUUUUUUCCCCGUGUGCCAAGGGUCGCUGAAGUACGCCCAGCAUUCGGCACUCGUCAUGGAAAAAGGGUACGAAGACCUCAGAGAUUUUGAAUACCGUCUCCAGAUAAUGGACGAUGCAGAAUAUCCGGUGCCCACCACCAUUGAUCCUGCAGUGGUCCAAGCUGCACUGAAGGUGGCCGCCAAGGGAUUGCAGACGCUGCAUAGCAAGGCGAAGGUAGUCUAUACGGAUCUCAAAGCGGAAAACCUCAUCUUCAUGGAACCCCAGGACCAGCUGGAGCCACCGGCUAUUGCUACCAUCAAGGGAAUCGAUUUGGAAUCCUGCAUACCGAUCCGGGGCAACCCCUUGGACUACACACCGGAGGCCAGUCCGCCGGAAUUUGCCGUGUAUCACCUGCAGGGAAACCCCUACGAUUUCGUCCUUGACUACUCGUACGACGUGUGGUCCUUUGGGAUGCUGGCGUACGAACUGGCCACCGGCAGGCCCUAUUUCCGCGGGAACACGCCCGAAGAAAUCAUGCACAUCCUGGGGGAUCCCAGCUUUGUUCCGCCCCAGCUGUUUCCAGAGGGUGGGGCAGCCCGGGGGGAUCUUCCCGAUCUCGCGGACCUGGUGCGGUCCUGCCUACAGGUCGAUCCGAGGCAGCGCAUCUCGGUGUCGAAAAUCCUCAAGCACCCUUACUUUCGCAACCCCAUUCCACCACCGGGUGGAGGGGCAGAAGAAAGCGAUCUCGAUUCGCCGUUCAAUGYUCUGGACCAGCAGCAGCGACUGGGUGGGACCUUUUGGUAAACGAGCGAGCAAAAAAGCGACCGCCAUCACACGCCGUCCAACCAUCCGUUUGCACUGACGCAUUUASUGGGAGGAUUUUUGGACGAGUCCAACUUGCAUCCACUGCGAGAAAAUUUUUGUGAGGYCGAUAUGCAUGUAUUGCCGCUCGUUUGUGGACACUGUGAGUUUGUAACAUUAAUCGAGUAAGGAACUAUUAAACCAUCUACUACUGU